UGGUGACUUGUCAAAUUUGCAAAACUCAUCGUGAAGCUAAAAAUUAGUUGGUCACCGAGGAAGGGAAGAUUGAAAUAAAAAUAGUGAAUAUAAAUUGAAUUAAACAUGACGGUGAAGAAUAAGACCGAAGAGCCUAAAAAAGAAAAAACAGAGCCAGUCCCUCCACCUAAUGAUGAUUUGUCGGAAGAAGACAAACGGCUUCAGGAAGAACUUAAUAUGCUAGUCGAAAAGCUCGUGGGGCACGAUAAAGACCUGUAUUUCCCGGCUCUCCAAAUGUUGAGUAACCUCAUCAGGACAUCCACGACAUCGAUGACUUCGGUGCCAAAACCUCUGAAGUUUUUACGUGAACAUUAUCCAGCACUGAAAGAAGUUUAUGAAAAAAUAAAAGAUCCAAAGACCAAGAAGUUUUGCGCUGAUGUUGUGUCUGUAUUAGCUAUGGGAGUGAGCGGAUCUCAAGAUGCUGCAGAGAAGAGAGAAUGCCUCAAAUACUGUCUGCUUGGAACUAUGUCAAAUGUGGGUGACUGGGGCCAUGAAUAUGUCAGGCAACUUGAAGGUGAAAUAGCUGAAGAGUGGAAUGUGGAGAAUAUGGACACAUUAUUGCCUUUAGUGAGGGAUGUUGUUGCGUUUGACAUGCAGCAUUCUGCUGAGAUUCAGGCGUGUGAUCUGCUGAUGGAGAUUGACCGUCUUGACCUCCUUACACAGCAUAUGGAUCAGAGCAACUAUCCUCGUGUCUGCUUGUAUCUUAUUGGUUGUGCAAGUUAUGUUGUGGAACCAGAAUCCACCCAGAUCCUGCAGGGCGUAUUGGAGACAUAUCUUCGCUUCGGAGAGUACCCUCGAGCUCUAUUGGUUGCCAUGCAGCUACACAAUAAAGCCAAGUGUGAAGAGGUCUUCAAUGCUUGCAAUGAUCCACUAUUGAAGAAACAGCUCUGCUACAUGCUCGCGCGUCAAUACGUGCCUCUUGACGUAGACGACGAAGAUCUACGCACCAUCCUUCUCAAUGCGCACAUCAAUGAUCACUACCUGAGUCUGGCCAGAGAGCUUGACAUAAUGGAGCCCAAGACUCCGGAAGAAGUAUACAAGACGUGGCUAGAGUCUGCUGGAUCAGCUCUGAGACCGUCGUUGCUCGCAGAGCACCCUGUGGACUCCGCGCGACAGAACCUCUCCGCUACGUUUGUCAAUGCUUUCGUCAAUGCUGGUUUUGGCCGGGACAAGCUGGUCACUACUGAGGAUGGAAACAAGUGGAUGUACAAGAAUAAGGAUCAUGGCAUGCUAUCGGCAGCAGCGUCGCUGGGCAUGAUCCAUCUGUGGGACGUGGACGGGGGCCUGACGCCCAUAGACAAGUACCUGUACACCGCAGACGAGCACAUAAAGGCCGGUGCGCUGCUGGCGCUGGGGCUCGUCAACUGCGGCGUCCGCAACGAGUGCGACCCCGCGCUCGCGUUGUUGUCGGACUACGUGCUGCACUCCAGCUCCAAUCUCAGGAUCGGCAGUGUCUUGGGUCUAGGCAUAGCGUACGCGGGCACGCAGCGCGCGGAGGUGCUGUCGCACUUGCUGCCCGUGCUGGCCGACAGCGCCGCGCCGCCGGAGAUCUGCGCGCUGGCCGCCAUCUCCUGCGGACUCAUCGCCGUCGGCUCCUGCAACGGGGACGUGACCUGCGCCAUCAUUCAACGCCUCAUCGACGACAACAAGGACCUGCACUCGUCCACUUACGCUAGAUUCCUGCAUUUGGGACUGGGAUUGUGUUUCUUAGGUUGCAAAGAACGCACGGAAGCGACGAUGGCGGCGCUGGAAGUGUUGCCCGAGCCGCAGCAGUCGCUGUGCCAGACCACGCUGUCCAUGUGCGCGUACGCAGGCACCGGCGACGUGCUCGUGGUUCAGCAGAUGUUACACAUCUGCUCCAAGCACUACGACACUGAUAACGAACAAUCUUCAACCGAGGAUACGGCAUUCAAGAAGACAGACAAGAAGGACGCAAAGGAAGGCGCCAGCUCCGCCGCUCCCGCGCCCAGCGGUUCCUCUAAAGAUGACAAGAACAAAAGCAAAUCGUCAAAGGACAGCAAGAGCAAGGAGAAGGAAAAGGAGAAGGAGGCCAACAAGGAGCUGUCGUCGGUGCAGGCCGUGGCGACCCUCGGCGUCGCGGUCAUCGCCUUCGCGGAGGAGACCGGCGCUGAAAUGUGCACCAGGAUCUUUGGACAACUCGGUCGCUACGGUGAGCCGGCAGUGCGGCGCGCGGUGCCGCUGGCGAUCGCGCUGUGCUCCAUCUCCAACCCGCAGCUGGCGGUCAUCGACGUCCUCAACAAGUACUCGCACGACGCCGACAACGACGUCGCAUACAACGCAAUCUUCGCCAUGGGACUGGUCGGCGCCGGCACUAACAACGCUAGGCUGGCGACGAUGUUGCGCGCCCUAGCGCUAUACCACGGAAAAUCUUCCGUGCAUUUAUUCAUGGUGCGCCUGGCGCAAGGGCUGUGUCACGCGGGCAAGGGCACCGUGACGCUGAGCGCCGCGCACGCGGACCGCCGUCUCGUGAGCCAGCCCGCGCUGGCGGGGCUGCUGGUGGUGCUCACCGCCUUCCUCGACUGCAAGAAUAUAAUCCUGGGUAAGUCCCACUACCUGCUGUACGUGCUGGCGACGGCCAUGCAACCGCGCUGGCUUGUCACACUCGACGAGAAUAUGCAGCCACUCAACGUCAGCGUGCGAGUGGGACAGGCCGUAGAUGUAAUUGGUAAGGCUGGCACUCCAAAAACAAUUGCUGGUUCGCACACACACACAACACCGGUGCUGCUUUCGUUCGGCGAGCGCGCGGAACUCGCCACCGACGAGUACCUGCCCUUGUCUCCCGUUAUGGAAGGCUUCGUUAUACUCAAGAAGAACGAGGACAGUGUCAUGGCCUCGGUCCAGUAAUGUUAGAUGUAACAAUAAUUACGUGUAUUAACUUACGGUUUUAAUGUAAUAAAAAAUGUCUAUAAAUUA